AUGAGAGUCACAGUAAUUGGUGGAGGCCCAUCGGGUCUUGUGACACUAAAGUACCUUUUGAACGCUCACCUCAGCUUGGACUCUGACCCCAUUGAGGUGAGACUCUUUGAGCUCGAUGAUACUAUUGGUGGUGUGUUUGCCACAAGAGUAUACGAAGAUGCCGAGUUGACAACAUUCUCCGACUUUCGUUGUCCCCAAGAGAAGGACUUCCUUAGUGCCAACGACUACCUGCAGUAUCUCAAGGACUACUGUUCCUACUUCGAUCUUUGGCCGCACAUCACUCUUGGAGUGGAGGUCCAAAGUGUAACAUCUACUUCCUCAAAGGCUUAUGUCAUUUCUUAUUCCAGUAAAGACGGCAAAGUCUUCACUUGGGACUGUGAUGCUGUCGCAGUAUGCUCAGGACUACACAAAGAGCCUAACCUCCCUUCAAUUCCAGGGCUUCAACAUGUCCCUGAAGUCAUUCACUCGUCAGAUUUUAAGACGAAGAGCCAGUUUGGGAUUAACAAAACCGUCAUGGUCAUUGGAUCAGGUGAGACUGGUGCCGAUAUAGCCUAUCUUGCUGUCACGUCCCCGACGAAGCAGGUUUUGAUGUGCCAUAAGGACGGCUUCCACUUUGCACCCAAACGCAACCCAGGACCGGUUCUGUUUCCCAUUCUUGGUAGGAAGCCCAAUCCCAACGAGCCAGGUAUCCCCAUCGACGUUAGCCGAGCAAACCUAUUCGACACAACUUAUGUCCACCCCGCGCUCCGCAACAGCAUGAUACUCUGGGACUACUACAAUUACUACAUUAAGUCACUGCUUUGGGUCUCCUCUGGUACCACCUUUGGUAUGGACCAGUGGAUUGGGGAGAUCAGCAAGGCCCGCCAUCAUCCCUCCAAGAUCUUCUUCAACAAGUCGAUGAAACCAGGCCCGCAACUCUGGCUCUACGCUUUGCGAUCAGCAUUCGUGCAGACACCAAUUCCCGAUACGCACGGCAAACAGGUGGAUCUUGCACCUUUACCCGAGAAGAUCAACAAAGAUGGAACAAUUGAGUUUUUCGAUAACAGGAGACCCGAGUUUGAGCGACUCAAGCACCAAGUCAUUCGCCCUGAUAUGGUUAUUCUUUGCACUGGCUACAAACAAUCGUUUCCCUUCCUCCAAGAGUUAUUCCAAGGCGAACAGAAACAUCCUUCGUCAUUUUACCAAGUUUCGCCUCAUUGGACCGUGGGCUUGGGAGAGAGCAGAAGAACUGCUGGUAUCCAACGAGUUUUGGGAGACCAUUACGAGACGGCCGAUAUUGUUUGGCAUCAGUGUCCACAAUGGCACGCUUCUGCCUGGUAG